AUGUGGCCUCGGCUGGUAAAAUGGUGGGGUGAUUUUGUGCCCAUAGACCAGUGGGAGCCACUGAGGGUGCAGUCGCGAUUCCAGCACCUGCAAUUUAGAAGAUAUGACAUGAGUCCGGAGACUCAGAUUGAGACUCUUGACAGCCACAUCAGAGAUUCAACUCCCGAUGAAUACGAGUGCUCCUUUGCCGGGGUGGAGGAAUCAAUUCAGGAACUGGCUGACAUGUUCGACAAGUCCUGGGGCAUGUCCAAACCAUCAACACCCGAACAGUCUGCAGAUGGGGACAAAGAGGUCAAUGGGCUGGUAGACGACAAUCCAUCAUAUGAUCUCGGGUGGAACAUCCCAUCUGCUGCAUUGUCCAGCAACCCAUCUCCUUCAGUAGAUGAUAACACCAGAGAUGAUGACGACGACGAAGGCCCAGGGUAUGAUCUCAGAUGGGGCCCUAAUGUGACUUCAGCUCAACCACCUGAAGUCAUGAUGGAUGAAGACGAUGUACCAGCAUGCGAUCUUGGGUGGGGAUCCACGCAUUCGGGUGAACAGCCCAUUCAGCAAGAUGUCAUCAUUGGUGCCAGCGAUGGACACACAUAUGAUCUCGGGUGGGGACAAGCACCUGUGGGUGAACACUGGAUGAAAGAAGACGACGAUGAUGAUGAACCCUUGUACAAUCUCAGGUGGGGAUCAACACCUGUGAGUGAACACCCGAUGCAACAAGAGGUUGUUGAUCUCACAGAUGAAGAUGGACCGUCAUACAAUCUCUGGUGGGGAGAACACCAAGUACGGUCAACAGCUCUGAGUCCACUCAGCCCCAUACCAGCCUCAUUGGGCCCAAUGGACUUGGACGCCGACGACAGGGAGGGUCGCAGUUACAGUGAAGCUGAGGAUGUGAUUCUCUGGGAGAAACGCCAGCUGAACACCAUCAGCAGCAACAUGACUGAUCAACAUGUGUAUGCCAUCAUCAAGAAUGCAGUCCACGACUGCAAUCUCUCUUGGGGACUGGCACAAAUCCUCAUGGACAAUUGGCACAUCCUUGGAGGGUUCACAGAGGCCUGA